UCUCGCUUCUCAUCCCAGCACGCUGCAGCUGGCUGUCGAAUACAUCCAUCAUACUGUCAUGUGUACACGAGUUGAUUUCGUGUCGCAACAUCCGUUGUAAAAUCGUAUUUUCUCGUAGAGCCCCAAGUAACGACAUGGCCGAAGGUCUGGCUGUAGUCGGUAUUGUGGCAAGCAUCGUCCAGCUCGUUGACUUUGGUUCCCGCGUUCUGGGCCGUCUCGAAGAAUACCAAUCUCAGCUUGUGGAAAUCCCGGAAGCAUACUCUCAUAUCAAAACCGAGCUGCCCGCACUGCUGGAUGCGCUCCGACAUACCCAGGCCGCGAUAGAUGCCGGAAAUGUUGGAGAAGAUUCAAAAUCAGCGUUGCUUCCGGUCGUUGAGGGGUGUAAAGUACAGAUCCAGCUGUUUGACGAGUUGGUCGCGAAAACGCUGCCUGCGCCGAGCGACUCUUGGGGCAGGAGAAGUGGCAAGGCACUCAAAAGCCUCUGGUAUGACGCGAAAGUGGAAAAAAUUACUUUGGUCAUCCGGGGAUACAUCCAGACUUUGACAUACCACGCCGCCGUAUCGCUCAGACCGGUACCUGUAGCAGAUCAGCUUCCGCCCCCACCUUACCCGUCCCCAGUCCCGUCUUCCACAGUUCCAUUCCGGCGCGACCCAAACUUCGUAGAUCUCAAACUGCUUGCGGAGAUAGAAAUUAAACUUGGAAAACCUGCUUCCAGACUAGCGUUGGUUGGUUUAGGUGGUGUCGGCAAAUCGCAAUUGGCAGUCGAGUACUCUUAUCGCAUCAGAGAGAAAUCGCCGGAUACCUGGGUCUUCUGGGUUCAUGCUAGCAGCACCGCAAGAUUUGUGGAGGGCUAUCGGAAAAUUGCUGAAAGAGUGAAGUUACCUAGAUGGGACCAACUCGAUGCAGACAUUCUGAUGCUGGCUUAUACGUGGCUGAGUAACGAGACAAACGGCCGUUGGUUAAUGAUUAUCGACAAUGCAGAUGAUAUUGACGUUUUCACAAGUAAAACAGCGGGAAGUAGAGGUACCCAGGACGACUUCGCGAGCCAGGCCACGCCUACUCUCCUGGACUGCAUUCCUCAAUCUUCAAAUGGUUCGGUUCUUAUCACUUCGCGCAGCCGAGAUGUUGCUUUCCGACUGACUGGAAGUUAUUCGGACGUGGUCAGAGUACACCCAAUGGAUCAGGCUCACGCUGUGACCCUACUGCAAAAUCAACUUAAGGGUAGCUUCGACCAAACGAACGAAGAAGAACAAGCUGCAAAAGAUCUAGUUGAGACACUCGACCACAUGCCACUUGCUAUAUCUCAAGCUGCGGCUUACAUAGUUCAAAGGGCUCCCCGCGCUUCGGUUUCCACAUACUUGCGAGACCUUCGCAGAGGCGACCAAAAUAGAGCCAAAUUGUUGCGCAUGGAUCUCGGUGAUACUCGUCGAGACGGAACAACCUCGAAUUCGAUUAUGGCCACUUGGCAAAUAUCUUUCGAGCAUAUCCGCAAAGAGAGACCUUCUGCAACGCGUCUGCUAUCUCUCAUGAGCCUUUUCCAUUGGCAAAGAAUCCCGGAGGCGCUACUUGAGGCCCAUUACAACAGCAAAACCAAUGAUGCUGGUACUGACUUCGAAGACGACUUGAACACGUUGCUCAGCUACUCUCUAGUUCUGACAGACGUGAAGGGGCGACAUCUACAGAUGCACCGGCUAGUACAAUUUUCGACAACUAAAUGGCUCGAGUUACACGAUGAGCUAGACUACUGGAAAGAGAAAUACAUUCUGCUUCUAGACAAAAGUUAUCCCGACAGUGAAUACGAGAAGUGGGAUGCAGUAUACAAAGAUUGGAAAACAUGUCAAGCGCUAUUCCCGCACGUUCAAACAGCUGUACAGUGCAUACCAAAAGAUCAGAGUGCAUUGGAAGCUUGGACAUCUCUUCUUUCUAAAUCCAUGGUCUAUGCCUUCGAGGUGGGAUUCUACGUCAUAGCUCAAGAGAUGGGUCGACUCGCUUUAGAGGCGAGAGAAAAGAUGCUUGGACUUGAGCAUGCAAAUACACUGUCCAGUGUUAGCCUCCUCGCAACUGCGCUACGUAGGGGUGGCGAUUUUAAAGAAGCCGAAAUAUUGUUUCGACGCGCGAUCGAUGGACGAGAAAAAAUAUUGGGACCAGAAGAUCCGCUCACGCUAUCCGAUAUCGAUAGUCUCGGAUUAGUUAAGUCAGAUCACGGCGAGUACGAAGAGGCCGAAGUUCUCCACAGGAAAGCAAUCCAUGGAUACAAAAAGGCACUCGGGGUAGAGCACCCCGCCACACUGCAAAGCCUCGGAAAUCUAAGCUUGGUGUUGACGGAAAAGGGUAGUUAUAGCGAUGCUGAAGUAAUACAGCAGAAAUCACUACAGGAAGUGGAAAAGAUCUUCGGGCCGCUCCACAAAAGCACUCUCGCAAGCAUCGAUAACUUGGGAUUGGCCUUGGGAAAACAAGGCAAGCUUGUCGAAGCAGAAGCAAUGCACCGUCGCGCACUAGAAGGGAGUAAGCAAACCUUUGGCGAACACCACCCAGACACCCUCAUAUGCGCACGGAAUGUGGCUUUUGUACUAGCAUUACUAGGAAGACAUGCUGAAGCAGAGACCUUGCAUCGACAGGUGCUAGAGGACAGUAUCAAGGUUCUAGGGGAAAACCACCCAUUCACAUUAUACAGUUUUGGGAAUCUAGGGUCUGUUCUACAUUUGCAAGGCAGGUAUCAAGAGGCGGAAACGAUGCAUCGGAAUGCGCUGUAUAAGAGGAAAGAAAUCCUAGGGGUGAACCAUCCGCAUUCGUUGAGCAGCUUGCACAAUCUCGCGCUGACUCUGGAGAGUCUUGGACGGAACAGUGAGGCUGUCGCGUACAUGAGGGAGUGCUAUGAGCUAAGGAAGAAGAUGCUGGGGCCGCUUCAUCCAGAUACGCAGAAGUCACUCGCAGCGCUUACUCGGUGGGAAGGAAGAUAG